AUGGCGAGCAGAGGAUUUGAAUUCCCUGUAUCAGCCGUGAGUUCAUCAAUUCCUGUCCUGUUUGGAUCUUCGGCUUCUUCGCCACCAACACCUCUCUCCGGCGUCACUGCGGCUGAUGCACCUACGCCUCUCCCCGGUGUCACUGCGGCUUGGGCGCCUCGGACACCCUUGAUGGCUAGUGCGGCUUACGCGCCUACACCUUUCUUCCCCGGCACUGCGGCUUGCGCGCCUACACCUUUCUUCGGCGGCAAUGCAGCUUACAUGCAUACACCUUACCGCACUGCGGAUUACACGCCUACGCCUCUCUUCGGCGCCUCUACGGUUUGUCCGCGUACGCCUUUCUUCGACCCAAUCCCUGCGCAAUCUUCUACACUGGAUUUUGAUGUGUCUUUGAGCACUCCGGGCACAGCAUUUUCAUCACCACCCACGCCUUUCAACACCCCGUCGGGAAAUUCUAGGUCGACUUUUGUUACUCCGGCCACUUCACCUGCUUCUGGAACGUCAGCGACUCAAUCUUCCUCUGCAUCUCAACAGUCACUUCGGUUUCGUAUUUUUGAUUCGUCUUCUUCAACCACCGGUGCAACUACAAAUACAAUUCCUUUGUGUGGUGAAGCGACGGCGCUAACACAGACCACUACUUGUGAUGCUGUAACCGUGCCAUUUUCAUCAGGACAACCUUCCACUACCAAAUCCGCUGCAAAUCCCCGUUUUACGUUUUCGUCUUCAGAGGCAUCUGUAACAACUCCUGCACCUUCAGUAAUUGCUAACUUUGGAGAGUUGGAUAGGCCAAUGGAAAUAGCGGGCCAAUUAGACAGUUUUAAUCUUAUGUUGAGACAACGUAUGAAACAGAAAUAUGCUACUAUAGUAGGGAGGGAUCAACUUUAUGAGAGUGUAUCAAGGGAAGAGGUUGGGAGAGAUUGGGCCCUAAUUGAAGGAUACCAAGCUCAAGCAGAUCGGGAUAGUCUGCAGACCCAACAUGAUGAGGCUCGGGAGAGGGAGAGACAAAUGCAGAUGGAGGUGCAACAACUAUAUGCUAAGAUAGAUGCACUGAAAGUAGAGCAAGAUCGUAUGCGAGGAGAGCUCGAGAAACUUCAUCAGAUAGAGGUGCAACAACUAUGUACUAAGAUAGAUGCACUUAAAGUGGAGCAAGAUCGUGUGCAACAACUGUGUGCUAAGAUAGAUGCACUCAAAGUAGAGCAAGAUCGUGUGCAACAACUAUGUGUUAAGAUAGAUGCACUCAAAAUAGAACAAGAUCGUGUGCGAGGAGAGCUCGAGACACUUCAUCAGAUGAGAGUAGCAGAUAUACGAGUAUCGCAGAAGAUGGAUGCAUUGACGAUUGAGAUUGCUAGCCUGAGAGAGGCAUUAGGGCGACCACAGGGUCACCCACAGGGUUUCGUUUUGUUGUAG